AUGAAAAUAUGUACAAUCAUUCACAAUAACAAACAUCCAGAUCAUGUGAAUCAAUACGAUCAUAUCGAUGAUAUCAGACAAUCUUUAAAUAAUUUAUAUUUAUCUAUUUUAGAUAAUGUUAAUAAUAAUAAAAAUAAAAACAAUAGUAGUAGUAUAAGUAGUAUUAGUAGUAUCGAUAAUAACUUUAAUGACAUUAAUAAUAAUGAUAUGCCAGUGGAGAGUAAAAUCAAUUUCACAAUCAAUUCGAUAUGGGAAUCAUUAAGAUCGUCAACAUCAGUAUAUGAUUCAUUAACAACAGCUGAGAAUGAAAUCAAACAAUACUUUGAACAAAUACAUACUUUUCUAAUCAACGAAGAACAUAGAUUAAAGAAACCGAUCAUCAACCAAAAAGAUGCAAUCAUUGAUCAAAUCGAUAAUAAUAUCAAUCAUUUGAAACAUUUAAUCAAUAUUAUAAAUAUAAAUAAUAAUAUCGAACAUGCCUGUGGUAAUGGUAAUGAUAAUGAUGUCGACAACACCGAGACACCUGUUAAAAUACCAGAUAUAACCGAUCUCUAUUCAACAACAACCAUUAUGAAUUCAAUAGCAUUAAGUUCAUCAUUACAAUCAUUCAUCAAAGAUAAUAAUCGACUAUUUUUGAAUAAUAACAAUAACUAUUUCGAUAUCGAUGAAUCUCUAAAACAAAAUAACAAUGAUUCGUCAUCAUUAUUAUAUGAUAUCAUUUAUAAAUAUAACUGUCAUUUUACACCUACAACAACAUUGCUAUCAACACUACCACCAGCAAAUUACCUGUUAUCAAUCGAACCACCCGAUUUAGAUCAAUUGAAAUUAACAAUCGAACAAUCAAUUCAACUUGAAAGAAUUGAAAUAAAACCAAUAACAAAAACAAGAACAAUGACAACAACAAAAACGACAGAGAAUGAAAAUAAAACACAAUAUAUCUUCUCAACACACGAUAAGAAUGGAGCAACUCUAAUCAACCUUUCACAAAACGAUUCAAUAGAACAAUUCGAUGUUGAUUAUAAUUUCUAUGGUGCAACAAUUAUUCCAGUUGGCCAAGAUAUCUAUGUAUUCGGUGGUGCACACAAUCAAAAAAAAUGGAUGAAAUUCUCAAUGAGAUCGAGAUCAUUUGAAAUUAUCGGUGAUAUCGAAGGAAUCGAUGGUGGAUUUUCAAUAUCAGCAUGUUACGAUGGUCGCGAUCAUAUCUACUUGCUGAACGGUGCCAAUCAGCGGGGUAAAAUCGACCGAUUCAACAUCCAAACAAUGAAAUUUGAACGAUAUCACAUAUUACCUGAGGGUCACGGUCAGCGGUCAUCUAUGAUCUUCAAAGGUUCGCUGUAUUCAAUAAACUAUGAUACCAACAAGAUGUUACAACUCAACAUGGUGAAUCGCGAGAUUACAUACCAUCUAAUAGAUAUUAAAUCGUACUCGGCAUGCAACGAUAACAAUGGUAAUUUCUACAUUUCCGAUUGUCCAAAGAGGAGUGAUGAUAUCAAACGAUUCGUCAAGUUCAACGUCGAAAGAAAACGAAGCGUAGAUUUGAAUCCUAUUCCCAUCAGCAAUGACAUCUUAAUGUAUCAUCGAGAAUCACAAACUUCUAGCUAUGUCUAUUCGAUCACUGGAACUGAACAUGGUAAUUUCAAAUAUUCUAUUGAGACCAAUCAAUAUGUACCAUUCUUCCAACAAGAUGAAUUCAAAAGAGUUUGGUGUCCAUCUACAUCUAUUUCGGUGAUUCAAGAAGAAGACGAUGACUACAACAACAACAACAACUUAUAA